UUUGGGUAAAGCCGUUCUGGAUCAAGCCGUUUUGGUUCUUCUCAUUUCCGUGACAGGUCGAACGACCAGGACGCACUCGCAGCACGUGAACGUACGGACGCCGCAGGCCCGCAGACGAUGUCGUCUGAGAAGCAUACGCAGCUGCACCUCCGCUUCGACGCCCGCGGUGUGUCGGCGGGGAGCGUCGGCGGCAAGGGACAGCAGGAGCGGAUGGGAGUGGAGCCUCCUACGCGCGAGGACGAGAUCCCGUGGCCCACGCGGCUGGUCCGCACGGCAGGCUUGCUGGCGGGCGCCAGCUCGGGGGAGCCGAAUCGCCGGCCGAUGACGCGCACGCAGCGGCGCCGCGUGCCAGAGGGCCAUGGCGCUCCAGCAGCGGCAGGCCUCGCUGCAGACUCGCCCGGCGUUCUCCGAAGCUCUCUGCGCCGCCUGCCGCCUUCGCAGCCUCGGGGGCCAUCUGAACCACGUUCUGCAGCCUCUCGCUGUGACGACAGCGGGUCCGAGCGAAGGCUUAAGCACGGCCCUGGCCAAUGCGGUGUUCGGGACUUGGCUUGGCAAGGUCGCCGCGUGAUCCCAGGAGCGGACGGGCGGGACCUCGCCGGCUGGUCUCCUGCAGCCUGCAGUGCCGCGGCGUGUGCCUCGCAUCGCAGCCGUGGAGCAGCGGCAGCGUUCCGCAGUGUGCGGGCGCGUUGCGCUCCAGACUUUGUCACGCAAUUCGUCGCGACAAGUGUCCGGCCGGCGUGCCUCCCCCAUUUUUUUUUUGUUGCAUCCAUCCUUGAGCCGUUCCUGGUUUCGCUCGUCGCCCCCUCCCCUCCUCCUCCUCCUCCUCCUCCUCCUCUUCUUCCUCCUCUUCCUCCCCCGAGUAGCUCGACCCCGAGUAGCUCGACCCCCUGCGCUCCUUCCCAUCCUCCUCCACGCAGGCUGCCCGGGGCACUUCUUCGAGUCAUCAUCUGCUGCACCCAUCCCUCGCGUUCCACGUGCGACGAGCCCCCGCCAGUUGCUUGCCGACGAGGCUGCCACGGCUUAGACUCACCCGGGAGCGGCAGUUUUUUUGUUUCAAAGUAAAGCACGAACAGCCAAACAACGCCAGCACGGGGACCCGCGUCAUCCGCGCGUCCCACUCUGCGCUAUGUCAAGGAGGGAGGCGGGUCUGGCCACGAGGCUAAUCGCGCCCUUGGGCUGCGCCGCCUUCAUCUUGUAUUUUGUGAUCAGGAUGACGCUCGGGAGGAUGACGCGGAGGAUUCGGUUGGUGG